CAACACAAGGCAGCCACCCCUGCCGAGGUUGAAAUUCGUGACGGAAUUCAUGCUGUUUGUUUAGGCUAGGUGCGAAUACAUAAGAGCCAGUUAAUUAUUUAGAGUUGACCUUUCCACACUGUUCCGCGUUUCUAUUUUUUGCUCACAACUCCUUCCGGCGUGUUUCCAUGGGCGCAGGAAACAGUCGGAUCAAUUUUGCCCGGCCACCGCUGCAGCUUGUCAGGGCCCGGGGUCAAGGCCGAUCCAUCAAUCCCGGCCGCCUUUGUCGAGUUCACUUGCGACCUGCAUCUUUGGAGCUCCGGGCGUCGGCGUCAGGCAUCCCGUCUACUAUACCACCAACACAACAACACUUUCACUUCCAUUAUGGCAUCCGAAGAGGCGCCAAAUCCCAUGGCUGAAUCCGGGGUCACAAUCCGGUCGGAUAGCGAGCAGUAUUCCCGCCACGAGGACCAGUCGAUCUCACCCCCGUCGUCUUCCUCGCCCGCCGUCAUUCUCUACCAACCGCCCACCGUCUGGUCCGUGAUCCGCGGCGCCGCAAUUAACCUGCUCCUGCCAUUCGUUAACGGCAUGAUGCUUGGAUUUGGCGAGCUGUUUGCGCACGAAGCGGCCUUCAGGUUAGGGUGGAGCAAUACCAGGGUCUUCCCCUUGUCGAGACGAGAAGCUCAUCCCAUCGGCCCCGGGAUCGAAGCCGUGGAGAAACCGAGACAGCGGAACGAACUCGAUGACCUGACGAGCUUGGAAUGAAGACGAUGCGUACCGCAGUUGGAAUUGCCGCUGAUACGGGAAAUAUCUUGGAAUCAUUUACCAGCGACCUCUAGGGGAAACAGGGCGAUGUGUGUUUAUAGGGUGUCUCCCGCGGAGCUUACAACCCGUUCCGACUGGGAAACGGAGGGAAUAUCGAGCACACGGAUAAGCUUGGGAUGGUUGGGCCCUAAGGUCGAUGUCGCUCGUUAUCCGUAUAUACACUUGGGCAACUUAGAGCAUGCACCGCCUGAUAAGCGUUCGGUGAUUUUACAGCAGGGUUUCUGCUGUUCUACUUCGCACGUGCGAAACAAUGGCAGUUCAUCGAGAG